AUGGGUGUUGGAGUCAAUGACACAGUUUGCUUAGUUGAUCCUGAUCUACCAGCUUAUCAUCCCAAUAUCUAUAUUUGUAAAAACAACACAUUGUGUUGUAGUCUGAACGGCAAGAUCAAGUGCUGUGCUAAUGAUUUAACAUUGAAAGAGCUAUUCGCCCAAGCACUUCCGAUUGUUUUAGUAUUCUCAGCGUUUCUACUGAUAGCUCUGAUUACCAAAUGCAUUUUCUCCGAGUCAGAGCCUUACUCGGAAGAUGAGGAAGAGGAUCAUGCAUACGAAAACCAUUCUGAAUUAACAUAUGAUAUGAUGGUGCCGGAUCCUCUGUUUGGAAUGCAAUACGAAGCAAAUAUUAAUAAGUUCAAGCAAUCUACAAAUGCAUUGUCUGAUGAAGUGCGUGAACGGAAGAGUAGAUCACAAAUCAAUAAAUGA